CAAUCACUCAUCUUUACACACACACCACUCUCUAAACCCAUACGCAAAUUCACAAACUAAAUAUAUAUUUUUUUUCAACAAAUACAAUCUACCGCCCGCUCGCUGCCCAACAUUGAAGGAAAGUGCAAGGAAGUUACUUAGAAAAAUUCCUGCUUGAUUUUAGUAUUAUACCCACGGAGCAAACUCCUACUCCUUUUAUCGCUAUCUUCAUUGCCAACCUCUUUCUCCUAUCGUAGAACUUCAAUUGAUACCAAAUUUCUGUAUUUCUAUAACCGUAGCAGACGCAAACUAUAGUUCCAUAUUCGGUGCUUCGUGUUUGUCUGUGAUUUCCUCAUUUGAUCUUUGCAAAACGCGAAACACUGAUGGUUUCAAAUCACCGUGAUCAAACAUGUGGGUUUGGGUCGUUUUAGGAUAAAUCGACGAAUCCCGUCAGUGGUUUAGUGGUCUAUUGUAUCCGAACUUCAAAGUGUUCUUAUCGGCGAGAACCCACUAGUCAUCAUGGUCUUCUACUAUUGUUCUGCACAGCUGGAAACCAACCUUUUCCCAACAACUGGAGGAAAACCAGAUGCACCUCCAUCUCCAACUCCUACAGGUGGUUAUGAUGUUAGCCCAGAACAACUUGCUUCAAUCACAAGAGAGCGUGACUUGAUUGCUUUCCAAAAAUCUGGAGGAGUUGAAAGCUUGGCAGAAAAGUUGAAGACGAACCCUGAUAAGGGAAUCCAUGAAGAUGAGUCAAACAUAUUAGAGAGAAAGAAUGUGUUUGGGUCAAACACAUACCCAAGAAGAAAGGGAAACAGCUUUUGGAGGUUUCUGUAUGAUGGUUGUGGAGACACCACAUUGAUCAUCUUGAUGGUAGCUGCUGCUGCUCUUUUGGCACUGGGUAUAAUAACAGAGGGGAUCAAAGGAUGGUAUGCUGGGGGAAGCAUAGCUUUGGGUGUUAUAUUUGUCAUGGUUUUUAAAGCCAUGCAUGAGUAUAAAAGUUCACUUAAAUUUCAAAACUUGAAUGAGGAGAAGCAGAAAAUUCAGUGUCAGGUUGUAAGAGGUGGAAGGAGGAUGAUCAUUUCAAUAUUUGAUAUUGUUGUGGGUGAUGUCAUAUCUCUUAUGAUAGGCGACCAGGUUCCAGCUGAUGGGGUUUUCAUUUCUGGUCACUCUCUUUCUAUUUAUGAAUCAAGUAUGACUGGCGAGAGUAAAAUUGUUAAUAAAGAUCAUGAAUCACCAUUUUUAAUGGCUGGGUGCAAGGUGGCUGAUGGAUGGGGUACUAUGAUGGUCACUAGUGUUGGAAUGAAUACAGAAUGGGGAUUGCUUAUGGCUAACAUCUCAAAUAAUGAUAAUGAUGAGGAAACACCAUUACAGGUGCGUUUGAGUGGAGUGGCAAUGUUUAUUGGUAAGAUUGGGCUUUUGGUAGCUGCAUCCGUUCUUGUCAUCCUUCUCAUCAGGUUUUUCACUGGAUACACGGAGGACGAUGAGGGAAAAGUAGAGUUUAUUGCUGGUAAAACUAGUGUCAAGGAUGCUAUGGAUGGAGUAAUUAAAAUUUUCACUGUUGCAGUAGCUAUUGUUUAUGUUGCAGUGCCAGAAGGGCUUCCAUUAGUUGUCACUUCAACGCUUGCAUACUCGAUGCGAAAAAUGAUGUCUGACAAAGCAUUGAUUAGGAGGCUAUCUGCCUGUGAAAUGAUGGGUUCAGCAACUACAAUUUGCAGUGACAAAACUGGAACCUUGACUUUGAAUUUGAUGACUGUGUUCGAGGCUCAUAUUUGUGGGAAGAAAAUCGAUCCACCAAAUGACACAUCAGCAUUACCUCCAAAGAUUGUAUCUCUUCUUGUUGAAAGUGUAGCUCACAAUACAACUGGCAGUGUAUUUUUACCUGAGGGAGGCCAAGAAGUUGAGGUUUCUGGAUCACCAACAGAGAAGGCCAUACUUGAAUGGGGGGUUAAGCUUGGAAUGAAUUUUGAUGUGGUGAGGUCAGAGUCUUCAGUUAUUCAUGCAUUCCCAUUCAACUCAGAGAAAAAACAAAGUGGUGUUGCAGUCAAUCGGCCUGAUUCUGAGGUUCAUGUUCACUGGAAAGGGGCUGCUGAAAUCGUCUUGGCUGCAUGCUCAAGAUACAUGGACAUUGAUGAACAUCUUGUUCCCAUGGAUUCUGGAAAGUUGGAAUAUUUUAAAAAGGCGAUUGAAGAUAUGGCUGCUGAAGGUUUGCGGUGUCUUGCUUUUGCCUACAAACCAUGCGCACAAGAAACCGUGCCAACAGAUGAGGAUGACCUGGCAACUUGGGCACUACCUGAUGAUGAUCUUGUUUUGCUAGCAAUAGUUGGUUUAAAGGAUCCAUGUCGGCCAGGUGUCAAAGAUGCUGUCCAACUGUGCAUACAGGCUGGCGUGAAGGUACGAAUGGUGACAGGGAAAUCUUUCCGUGCCAUGUCAGAAGACCGAAGACUAGAAGUUGCUGAGAAGAUUUCCGUGAUGGGGAGGUCUUCACCUAAUGAUAAACUGUUACUUGUUCAAGCGUUGAGGAAGAGAGGACAUGUUGUUGCUGUUACUGGAGAUGGAACAAACGAUGCCCCUGCUCUACAUGAGGCUGAUAUUGGUCUUGCUAUGGGCAUCCAAGGAACUGAAGUUGCUAAAGAAAGUAGUGACAUCAUUAUCUUGGAUGACAAUUUCGCUUCCAUUGUAAAGGUUGUUAGGUGGGGAAGAUCUGUUUAUGCAAACAUACAGAAAUUUAUUCAGUUCCAGCUCACUGUAAAUGUGGUUGCCCUUGUGAUUAAUGUUGUGGCAGCUGUUUCUUCAGGGGAUGUUCCACUUAAUGCAGUCCAGCUCCUUUGGGUGAAUCUUAUCAUGGACACUCUUGGUGCACUUGCCUUAGCCACCGAACCACCAACAGACCACCUCAUGAACCGAAUCCCCUUGGGCCGCAGGGAGCCUCUUAUAACAAAUAUCAUGUGGAGGAAUUUAUUUAUUCAGGCUGCUUAUCAAGUGUUGGUGCUACUUGUACUCAAUUUCCGUGGUAUACAAAUCCUACGUUUGCAUCACAAUUCUCAACAGCAUGCUAAGAAACUGAAAAACACUCUCGUUUUCAAUGCUUUCAUUUUUGCUCAGAUUUUUAAUGAAUUUAAUGCUCGGAAGCCUGAUGAAAUUAAUAUUUUCAAAGGCAUUACCAAAAACCGCUUGUUUAUGGGCAUUGUGAGCCUUACUAUUGCUCUUCAAGUCACUAUCAUCAUGUUCCUUGGGAAAUUUACCGCAACAGUAAGGCUGAGCUGGCAAUUGUGGUUGGUCUCAAUUGCAAUCGGCUUUAUCAGUUGGCCCAUUGCUGUUAUUGGGAAAUUCGUAACCCCUUCAGUGAAUAUUUUAUCGAUAUAUUCCCAUCAUGUAACCCCUUCAGUGAAUAUUUUAUCGAUAUAUUCCCAUCAUGUACAUCGCAACGUAGAAAAAAAGGUGGAAAUGAGGAUGAUGAGUGAAUGCUAGCGGCUCUUAGAAAAGGAUGCUAAUUUUUUUUUUAUACCGAGGGGGAGGCUACAACUGUAUUCAAUGACCUGUAGUCUGUAUUUAGAAUUUGAAGCUCUGUAGAGGUUAAUUUUCUUUUUCUUUUUCUUUUUUCCUUUUUUUUUCCCGGUUCAUGUUCGGUGUUUGAUGUUAUUGCCACUUUGUAAUUGGAUGCACUUUUGUACAUAUUGGGAUGAUGAUUCUUGUAUAUAUAAAAUUUUCCACUCGUUCAUUUA